CUGUGUGUGUGUGAGAGUGUGUGUGUGUGUGUCUGUGUGUGUGUCUGUGUGUGUGAGGGCCAGCUGGCGGUCUGUGCUCUGCUCGGCUCACUGCUAGCAAUGGCGCUGCGGGCUGCCCAGCUCUUCUCUGCGCCUCUCCUCGCGGCCGCCCUGUUGUUGCUGGUCGGGGGACCACGGUCCGGACUCUGCUGCCCGAGCCGCUGCCUGUGUUUCCGAACCACCGUGAGAUGUAUGCACCUAAACCUGGAAACCGUGCCGACAGUGUCCCACCAGACCACCAUCCUAGACCUGAGGUUCAACAAAAUCAAGGAUAUACAACCGGGAUCCUUCAAGCGAUUAAAGAACCUAAACACACUCCUCCUCAACAACAACCAUAUACGAAGGAUCCCCAGGGGGGCGUUUGAAGACCUGGAAAACCUCAAAUAUCUCUAUUUGUACAAGAAUGAAAUCCAAUCAAUUGACAGACAAGCAUUUAAGGGCCUUGUCUCUCUUGAGCAACUGUACCUGCACUUCAACAACAUUGAGUCUCUGGAACCAGAAUCAUUUACACAUCUACCGAAGCUGGAACGACUGUUUUUGCACAACAACAGAAUUACCCAACUCGUCCCUGGAACCUUCACUCAUCUUCAGGCCAUGAAGCGAUUGCGACUAGAUUCCAAUGCAUUAAACUGUGACUGUGAGCUGCUGUGGCUGGCCGACCUGCUGAAGCAGUACGCUGAGUCGGGAAAUGCCCAGGCCGCAGCUACCUGCGACUACCCCAGCCGCCUGCAGGGGAGAUCGGUGGCGACGCUCACCGCUGAGGAGCUCAACUGUGAGGUCCCCAGGAUCACCUCAGAGCCCCAGGAUGUCGACGUCACAUCAGGGAACACUGUCUACUUCACCUGCAGGGCUGAAGGCAACCCCAAACCACAGAUCAUCUGGCUCAGGAACAACAAUGCUCUAAACAUGCGUGAUGACAGUCGCCUGAACCUGCUGGAAGACGGGACGCUGAUGAUCCAGGACACCAGGGAGACGGACCAGGGCGUCUACCAAUGCAUGGCCAAAAACGUGGCGGGGGAGGUCAAGACUUCACAGGUCACACUGCGAUAUUUUGGAGCCCCCUCACGGCCGAGUUUUGUGAUCCAGCCGCAGAACACAGAGGUGCUGGUGGGAGAAAGCAUUACCUUGGAGUGCAGCGCCACUGGCCAGCCACAGCCCCGGGUCUCCUGGACAAAGGGCGACCGCACACCCCUGCCCAACGACGCUCGCAUCAACAUCACACCCUCUGGAGGCCUCUUCAUUCAGAACGUGGACCAAGCAGAUGGUGGACAAUACACCUGCUUUGCCUCCAAUAAUGUUGAUACCAUACAUGCAACAGCUUAUAUCAUUGUACAAGCGAUCCCCCAGUUCACACUCACACCACAGGACCAGUCAGCGCUGGAGGGUCACACAGUGGACUUUCCUUGCGAGGCGAGUGGUUACCCGCAACCAGUGAUCGCCUGGACAAGGGGGGGCAGUCCUCUGCCACUGGAUCGCCGCCACGUGGUCCUGUCCUCUGGGACUCUCCGUAUCACUCGGGUGGCAGCCCACGAUGAGGGCCAGUAUGAGUGCCAGGCAGUCAGCCCUGUGGGGACUGUACGCACAGCGGUUCAGCUCAGCAUCCAGCAGAGAGUAACGCCUGUUUUCACAAAUGCUCCAAGGGACCUGACGGUUGAGUCUGGCCAGGACGUCCAGAUUCCCUGCAGCGCUCAGGGCCAGCCGCAACCCGUCCUCACGUGGAACAAGGAUGGUGUGCAGGUGACAGAAAGUGGCAAGUUCCACAUCAGCUCUGAGGGUUACCUGGAGGUGAAGGAUGUGGGCACUGCCGACGGUGGACGCUACGAGUGUGUCGCUCGCAAUCCCAUCGGCUACCAGGUUGCUAGCAUGGUGCUAACUGUGACAGUUCCUGCAGUGAGCAGAGAGGGAGACACCUUCGUGAGCACAUCCAUCGAGCAGGCCAUCCGUAAUGUGGACAGCGCUAUUGAGUCCACAAGAAGACGUCUGUUUGAUGGUCAGCCUCGUACCCCAGGAGAGCUGCUAGCUCUUUUCCGGUAUCCCCGUGACCCCUACACAGUGGAGCAGGCGCGUGCAGGAGAGAUCUUCGAGCAAACUCUUCUGCUCAUCCAGAACCACGUCAACCAGGGUCUCAUGGUCGACACCAACGGCACCGCCUUUCGCUACAACGACCUGGUCUCUCCCCACUUCCUGGAUGUGAUCGCCAAUCUGUCUGGCUGCACAGCCCACCGCCGCUUCAACAACUGCUCUGACAUUUGUUUCCACCAGAAGUAUCGCAGCCAUGACGGCACCUGCAAUAACCUGCAACACCCCAUGUGGGGCGCCUCGCUUACUGCCUUUGAGCGUCUCCUGAAGUCCGUCUAUGAUAACGGCUUUAACCUGCCGAGGGGCGCCAAUGAGCAGCCUCACAAUGGAUACAGGUUGCCGCUGCCGAGGCUCGUGUCCACCAUAAUGAUCGGAACAGAGACCAUCACUCCUGACGACCGCUACACUCACAUGCUGAUGCAGUGGGGUCAGUUCCUUGACCACGAUUUGGACUCAACGGUGGCUGCCCUCAGCCAGUCGAGGUUCUCCGAUGGUCAGCUCUGCGCUCAGGUCUGCACCAAUGACCCACCGUGCUUCCCAAUCCAGUUCCCUCCCAAUGACGCACGGCAGCUGCGUAGUGGCGCCCGCUGCAUGUUCUUUGUGCGAUCCAGCCCCGUGUGUGGCAGCGGGAUGACAUCCUUACUUAUGAACAGUGUUUAUCCGAGAGAGCAAAUCAACCAGUUAACUUCUUACAUUGACGCUUCAAACGUUUACGGCAGCUCACGGCACGAAUCGGAGGAGGUCCGAGAUUUGGCCAGUCAAAGGGGUCUGCUCCGCCAAGGUAUCAUUCAGAGAACAGGGAAGCCACUUCUACCAUUUGCCACUGGACCACCAACUGAGUGUAUGAGGGAUGAGAACGAGAGUCCGAUUCCAUGUUUCUUAGCAGGAGACCACCGUGCAAAUGAGCAGCUUGGAUUAACUGCCAUGCACACUGUGUGGUUUAGAGAACAUAACCGCAUUGCCACAGAGCUACUGAGGCUGAAUCCUCAUUGGGACGGGGACACCAUCUACCACGAGGCAAGGAAGAUCGUUGGAGCCCAGAUGCAGCACAUCACUUACAGUCACUGGUUGCCAAAGAUCCUGGGUGAGGUGGGCGUAAAGAUGAUGGGAUCAUACGCUGGUUACGACCCAAACAUUAACGCCGGCAUCCUCAGUGCAUUCGCCACCGCUGCUUUCCGCUUCGGCCACACCCUAAUCAACCCCAUCCUCUAUAGAUUGGAUGAGGACUUCCAGCCAAUCCCCCAAGGGCACAUCUCUCUGCACCGCGCCUUCUUCUCCCCGUUCCGCAUCGUCAACGAGGGUGGCAUUGACCCGCUGAUUCGCGGGCUGUUUGGCGUUGCCGGUAAAAUGCGGGUUUCCACUCAGCUGCUAAAUACAGAGCUGACAGAGAGGUUGUUCUCAAUGGCCCAUGCCGUGGCUCUGGACCUGGCUGCCAUGAAUAUACAGAGAGGAAGGGAUCACGGCAUACCUCCGUACAACGAUUACAGGACCUUCUGUAACCUGACCUCAGCUCAUACGUUUGAUGAAUUGAGGAACGAGAUUAAGAAUCCAAAUGUCAGAGAGAAACUACAGAGGCUGUACGGCACUCCUCUGAACGUCGACUUGUUUCCUGCCCUGAUGGCUGAAGACCUUGUCCCCGGCAGUCGACUGGGGCCCACCCUCAUGUGCCUACUGGCAGCUCAGUUUAAACGCCUGCGAGACGGUGACAGAUUCUGGUACGAAAACCCAGGCGUGUUCACUCCUGCCCAGUUGACUCAGUUGAAACAGACCUCGCUGACACGGGUGCUGUGUGACAAUGGCGACAACAUCACACGCAUCCAGCGCGACGUCUUCAGGGUGGCAGAGCUGCCCCAUGGCUAUGGCAGCUGCGACGACAUCCCUCAAAUUGACCUGCGCAUGUGGCAGGACUGCUGCGAAGACUGCAGAACCAAGGGUCAGUUCAACGCCCUGUCUUACCACUUCAGGGGACGCAGAUCAGCCGAGCACAGCUACAAAGAGGAUAAUCCUGCCAACAGCAUCCUGGAGAACAGCCCGGUGGAGGGAACCGCAGAAACUGUAGUAAAUGUUACCCUGACCUCCAAAACAAGCACUGAACCCUCAAUCAACGACUUCCAGGAUUUUGUCUCUGACAUGCAGAAGACGAUCACAAGUUUACGAAAGCAGAUUAAAAGACUUGAAACCCGUCUGAGCAAGACUGACUGCACUGAUAGUGAGGGACGUGAGCGAACUGAUGGAGACCGGUGGAAAAAGGACUCCUGCACCACAUGUGAAUGCCGGGAUGCCCAGGUGACCUGCUUCGUGGAGUCCUGUCCACCAGUCGAGUGCAAGAGGCCCGUCAAGUUAAAAGGCGCCUGCUGCCCACUCUGCCUCGAUCACACACACAUUGACAAGAAACAAGAAGCGGACACCCACGACAACUAACACUCAGGACCCCCCCCGCCCGCCCUGACAAACACACUCCAGUGUCUGAACGUCACACACUCACACGCAGACAUGCAGAGAGAGGAUGAGACUCUUGAAGGUGUGCUAAUCCACAGCCACUAACAGCCUCGAUAGACCCAAUAGCCUCAGUUCUUGUUUUUAAUUUCAUAUCCUUUUUUCUUUGAUCAAUGGAGGGGUUGAUUUUUUUUUAUUUUUUUUUCCCAUUUGGCUUUUUGCCCCCUCCAGGACCAGCAGCCUGAGGCUCAGUUUGAAAUCCUGUGGCGACAAGCCAGCAAUCACUAAAUGGAUGUAUUUCUGAACCAAUGGGUGGAUGCAUGGGUGGAUGGAUGAAUGGGUGGAUUGUAAACAAGACGGACAAAUCUCUCCUGCUCGCUCGGAGUCCGACGAGGCUCCUGAAGUGUCACAAACCGCCACGGUGUUUGCUCUCCUGUGACUAACACUCAGUGACGAAGUGCAGGGCCGGUUGCCGUCGAGGAGCAGGAAAGGGAAGUAGUUUGAAAGGCGGCGACAAUUAUGUUGUAUCACAAAAAAAAAUUCUCAGGUUAGAGAUGCCGAAAACUGGUGCUAUUUUCCCCCAUUUUUGUUUUUAAUAAUGAUUUAAUCACUAAAUUCAAACCUUCAAAGUAUUGUCUUUUGUAUGCAAAGCAACCUUUAUAUACUCAGUAUAUGCCUUUUAAUGAUAAAUCACAAUUGAGAGGAUUGUUUUACUCAAACUAAAAGACUUUUUAUGAAUAGAGUUUCUUCAUCUUUUAAUCCACGGUGCUUUUCUAUAUGUUAUGAAUAUGUUUUUUUUUUUCCUCUCCCCUUUUUGUAUAAAAUUGCAUAUAUGAAGAUAAUGUGAAGCCCUACAAAAAUGUUUGUUAUGCAAAAAAAAAAAAAGAAAAAUGUCUACUGAUUACUGCUCCUCUAUCCAUGGACACCUUGUUAUUGUCUCUGCUGGCCUGUCCUGAACUUGAGCGAGGAGGAGCCGUGCUGCGCUCCCCCGUCGCAGGACACUUGACCCAGCUCUUGCACUGUUGUGCUCCUUCCAAGUUUCAUUUUGCUUUCAGAAAGCAGUGAGAAGAAUAUCCAUUUUUUUUUACCACUGUAAUGUUGUGACCUUUGUCCCAAUAUUCCUGCUCAGUCGUUCUUUAAGCCAAAUGUAUGAUUUAGUAACUUCUAAAAUGACAUAUCUAUGAAACUUAUGUAUGAAUGUUGUAACGAGGUCAGGAUUUUAGCCUUUGGUACUGCAGACUCUACCACAGCAGUAUUCUCCCACUGACCUGCUCAUAUCUGUUGUUUUUAUUCAUGUUUAUUCAUCGUAAGUCCACAGACCCCACACAAUCACACACAAUCACACACAUCACACACACACACACACACACACACACACACAACUGAAGGACUGCUGCCAUGACUGUUGACUGUUCUUCUCCUCAGCUCUCUAGCCCCAGUUUACACAAGGACACGCUUGCAUGCAUUCCUCUGUCGAGCGUCCACUCUGUCUCCACCUUUUCUCUCUUGAGUUUUUACUCGUGCGCUUCCUCCUGUGAGGAUCGCCGUCAGUGUUGAUGUAGUUCAGGAAUUCUUUGUCCUGCUCAUGCUUCUCUGCCAUUUUUAAGAUUCUUCAUACCAUGGGUGACGUCAUUCAGCAGAGCAGUGUUUCUUCGACCGUCAUUCCGCUGUAAUGGAAGCCAUAUGAGAGGGGAGGGUGAAACUGGGGGAAACGUGCUGAUCAUCGGGAUAUAAGCUGUUUUCAGACAUGACCUCCAGAGGAUGUCCGUAGAAUUUGGGUGUGGACUUUCUCCGGAGUUUGCCUUUCACAUAUAUACAACGCGGCAGGAGGUUCUCUGCUCAGACAGCAACUGACAUGUCUGGAGUGUUGAGGCGUAGGGGGUUGCGUUAGGCAGAGAGGAUGUAGCUCUAAUUCUGCUGCAAAGAUCACAUGUUCUUGUUUACAUCACAUCGACCUCUCUCUUAACAGCGUAGUUGUCUUCUACGUGUAUGGCACCGCUUUUUUAUCCCGAGAUAUUUGUUUGGGUUUCUUUUUUCAUUUUUGCAUCUGUCGCGUGUUAGACACCCCCCCCCCCCCACUCGCUCGUGGUGAAUCCAGCAGGGGAUCUUAUUUUAGGGAGCCAAAUGGAGAAAGUCCGCAGUCCAGAGGCUCUCACACAGUUGCAUUCACACGUACCUCCCCCUCCGGAGAAUAUCAGGAGGAUCUCCAGAGUCUGACAGCAGCUAUAGUCAAUCAAAACAAGAUUUCAGCAUGUCGCUGGUGUGAGACAGAUGUAUUCCACCGAUCCCUGUCACCUGGUCCUCCACAAGUACUGUACAUACACACAAACGACGCUCACUGUACCCCAUGCACUGGCUCGCUUCGGGUAACACGUCACGUUUCUUGUUGUUACUCUGUUUUGCUUUGCUCCUAAUUGUGAGGAAGCAGCUGCAGUGUUCUUUUCCAUUGUUUUCUUUAUGUGGUAACGUCCUGAGCGAGCGUCUGUCACUAAACAGAAAUAAUACUCUCUGGAAUGUUCCAUUCAGGAUUCCAGAUGGAUUAUGGGGCUUGCUGUAGCACUGGUAUAUUAUCUGGUAUCGUAUCACAUGUUUGAAUAUACUGGACAGGUUUGUACAUCAAACUGUGUGUUUACAGUUGUGUCUCUUUCUCUCUGACCAUGGCUUCUCCAACAACACCAGUAACAUCAUGUGCUCUGUUUUUUUUUUUAAUGUUUUAAUGAAUCUAGUAAUUUCAUCAUUCGAUAAACCCUGUGAAUGAAUGAGUGUGUGUCUUUCUGUCUCUGUAAAAGGCUAAAUGUGUUUUUGGCCCAAGCUUUGGCUGCCAAAACACUGUGAGCUCUCUUGAGCUUCAUUCAUCUGUUGUAUUAGUUCAUUUUCCUUGUUUUCUGUCUUCAUCAUGGUUCCCUCUCUUUUUCAUUUCCCCUCAAACUCCCCAAGUGUCAAUGGAAUGCACUGCUCUGCAAGACUGAACAUGCUUUACCUACACUGUCCUUUAAACCAGUGGUCAAUGUGGAUAUAGUAGUACAUGUCAUGACAUUUGUAUUGUAUUUGUACGUUUGCCAAAGAAUGGUUUGCACUGUAAUGUAUGCCUCUCAACAGUAAUAAUAAAUAAAUAAGCCACAUUUGAA